AUGAAACUCCCUGGGAUCGUCUGCGUCCAGGAGCGCUAUGGAGCAAUCUUCACCAUGGAGGAGGAGGAAUUGUUACACGUGUCUGGUAAUACCAGACAGUAUUUCACUGACACAAAACUUAUCCUGAGUGGAGUAGCAACACCCUCGCAGCCGAGCCCUGACUCCAAAUGGCAUGGGAGUGCUGGAGCACUGAGCACAAGCGCGAUGCGAGCCGUGGUGACGGGAGGUGGUGGCUAUGUGGGAUACCAGCUGGGAUGUGCUCUUGCCAAAGCAGGAGCUUCUGUUGUUCUGUAUGACAUCAACAAGCCUAAGUGGGAAAUUCCCAAUGGAGUGGUGUGUAUCCAGGCAGAUGUCAGGGACUAUGAUGCCAUAUGUGCAGCCUGUGAAGGUGCUGACUGUGUGUUUCAUGUAGCUUCAUAUGGAAUGUCAGGAAGAGAGCAAUUGCACAGGGAAGAGAUUGAAACUGUAAACAUUAAUGGAACAAGAUUCAUCAUCAAUGCCUGCAAACAGCAGAACAUCGCUCGGCUGAUCUACACCAGUACAGUAAAUGUGGUGUUUGGAGGGCUCCCUAUUGAAGAUGGGGAUGAGGAAACUGUGCCAUAUUUUCCAAUUGAAAAGCAUGUUGAUCAUUAUUCCAGAACCAAAUCAAUUGCAGAACAAAUGGUACUAGCAGCUAAUGGAACUCCACUAGCAGGAGGUGGAACACUCCACACGUGUGUUCUUCGCCCACCAGGAAUCUAUGGACCAGAAGAGCAGAGACACUUGCCAAGGCUAGCAAAGAAUAUUGAGAGAGGGUUACUUAGCUUCAAGUUUGGGGACCCUACUGCUAAAAUGAACUGGGUGCAUGCAGAGAAUCUUGUCCAAGCUCAAAUUCUUGCUGCUGAAGCUCUCACUCCUGAAAAGAACUACAUAGCUAGUGGCCAGGUGUAUUUCAUUAAUGAUGGUGAAAAAUCCAACCUUUUCGAAUGGUUAACUCCACUUUUUGAAAAAUUGGGCUGCAGUAAGCCGUGGAUACGUGUUCCUGCUUCCUUAGUUUAUGCAUCAGCCAUGGUAAUGGAAUACCUUCAUCUGAUGCUGAAACCAUUGUUUGAACUGUCCCCACUGCUGACCAGAAAUGAGGUACAGAACAUUUCUACCACUCACACGUUUCGAAUAGACAAGGCACGGGCCCAGCUGGGCUACAGCCCAGGGAAGUUUGUGUUUGCUGACUCCGUGGACCAUUACAUAAAAUCCAGACCAGAAGCUCCGAAUCAUCACAUCUUCCUCAAAGUUUUGCUUUCUUUAAUUGUCAGCUUAAGUUUGAUCUUUCUUUCUUUAAAAUUUGACGGCCUUUCAGUUCUGCAUUUUUUUAAAGAAACACAACAGUGA